AAUCGGACACGUUUCAUCUCUUGCUUACCAUCUCUCUCAGCACACUCUCUCUUUCACGCACUCUCUCGCUCUUUCUCUCUCUCCUCAUAACGGUGGAGCUUCAGCGGGUACACGACCGGCUCCAGAUGGCCAACCAGUAUCUGGCGCUUCAACCAGCACGCACGGUCACAGUCUGCUUUGAUCCGUCUCGGAAUUCGGAAGUGUGUUGUACCAGCACCACCGCCGUCCAACACCAAAAAAGUCCCACCCCGCAUAGCCAAAAGCCCGGGCCACCCCCUAUCUGGAACCACCCUCCCGUUCGAGUUCCCCUUUCCCGGAGUGUCCGUUCGUGUGCGUGUGUGUGCGUUUGUGAGUGUAUUUUCGGUGUGGUGAUUAAAUUUCUCCCAAAAAAUAAGGUGCAAAGGAGACUGGGCUUUCCUUCUCGUGACGACAACAGCCGACGACUAUACAGCACAAGGCACACAGGCACACCUCGUCCAAAACGCUGCAGAUAGGAAGGAUACUGUUUUUGGAGUUAAUUACACGGAUUAGCAGCAGAACUGACGUAAAAAAUGACCGAUAAAAUCGACCUCAGCAAGGCCCCCGAAAGCUAUGCCCCGUACAACUUCAACCUUUCGGACAAGUUCAAAAUUAUGGCACAAGAUGAGCUGCGCGAAGAUGACGAUAUGCGUGAGAAUGCACUGAAGCAGUUCCGCGAUUGGAUCGCCAAACAUCCACUGAUCAAGAAGUGUCGUACGGAUGCACCGUUCCUGUUGAGAUUCCUACGUACGAAAAAGUUCUCCAUUCCGGCUGCGACAGAGAUGUUGGAGAAGUACCUCACGAUCAGACAGGUCUAUCCGCACUGGUUCUUCAAGCUGGACAUUAACGAUCCCGACCUGGAAGCGAUCAUCGAUAGCGGAUAUCUGUUCGCGCUGCCCGAGCGCGAUGAGCUCGGCCGGAAGAUCAUCUUCUCCAAUGCUGGGAAGUUUGACACGAGCCGGUUCACUUCCGCUCAGCUGAUCAAGAUCCACUCGAUGGUGCUGGAGGCGCUACAAGACGAGGAAGAGUCACAGAUCUCGGGUUACAUUCACGUGACGGAUGAUUCGGAGCUAAACAUCGGAUUUUUGGGCAUUUGGUCGUUUACGGACAUCCGCAAUCUGGCGCACUGCGUGCAGAACUCGUUGCCGAUGCGUCAGAAGGAGAAUCACUUCGUUAACCUGCCAUCCUUUGCGAACAAGCUGUCCGAGUUCAUCCUGUCGGUGUUGAGCGAGAAGCUGCGCAACCGUGUCUUCGUGCAUCGGGGCUGGGACGAGCUGAAGACGAAGAUCAAUCCGAAACUGCUGCCCAAGGAGUACGGUGGCACCGUGCCAAUGGCGGAGUGUAUCGCGCUGUUCAAGAAGCAGCUCAAGGAGCGCCGUGAUAUCGUGCUCGCGCUGGACGAGAUGGAGAUCGAGAUCAACAAGAGCACGAUCCCGUGGGCUGACAGUACGGAUGCGGACAUAGCGAGUGGCGUCAUCGGAAGCUUCCGCAAGCUGGAGGUGGAUUAAGAUUUCAGGACUUUCUCCCCCUCUCUCUCUCUCUCUUUCUGUAGCUAUACUUUGGCAAGCGAUACUUUGGGGCGAUACUUUGGGGCGCUUUGUUAGAUAAGUAAGCUUUAGUAAAAUGUUAUUCGAAGGUUUAUGUGUUCCAUCAGGGCACAGGUUCCCCAACUCCCUCUUUAAUAGGGCCGUUCUCACGGUCAAUCCUCAACGAUUACUUUUAAGCAACCGAGCGGCGACACAAACAGUGACACUCGCUACGCCGGGAAGGUGGAAUACAGUUACCAAAACAGUCGACCGUUUGCGCUGGUCCAAUACUUCCUCAUCUCGCACAGAGCUUUUGGAUGGAUGCAUUGGGCAAACGCGGACGAGUCGCGUUACUUCUUAAUACGUUCUUCUCAUCCUUCCUUACGACGGAUGGACAGUUGCUUCAUCGACGGUUUGAUUUCCUUCGUUUUGUUCCGCAUUCUGCUCCGAAGCUAUCACGUGCAACUGUGUUAAGGUUAGGGAAUGUUACUUCAACGGCCAACAUUUACAUCUCGCCUGUGAUCGAGCUUCUUGUGUGCUUUGUUGCGUUAUUGUUGUUGGUUAAAUUAUUGUUUUCUGUUGUACGCGUUACGAUCCGUUUCAGUAGAAAUGCACUGAAAUAUAGCAGUAUUGGACAAUUCGCACGAAAAGGUCGCGAUCAGGGGUGGAGAGAGCUAACACGCGCUGCUGACACAGAUGAAUUGUAAUCGUUAGCUACUAAGUAAGCACAACUGGACACAAAUAUAUUCAAUUAUAACCUUUUAG